GUGCAAUUUAAUUUUCCAGCAAUUUGUAUGCACGCUAGCACUGAAUUUUAAAUACAGAGAUAAGGUUAAUAGGUGCUGGGUUUUUUUAGGUCCUUACUCUAUUUUCCAGAGUUAUUUUGGCAUUCCUACCAAAAGGAAAGAAACAAGUGCAAACAAGAGGCUGGUGGGGAGUACAAAAUGAUGAAUGUAGAAGCUUUCCUCAUGGGUUAGGGCUUGUUCCUGAAAAACAGUGCUUGAUCCUUAUAUUGAAUAGUACAAUGUUUAGAGCUGGAAGAAAGCAACUUUGGAAACAGAGCAUUGGCAGAGUGAUUAAGCAAAAGCUCAAGGAAGAGAGGGAGGCUAAACGUGCUCAUCUGGACGGCAGGCAUGAUUACUUACUGGAUAUUGUUGCCUCUUGUGUGAAUUUGGACAAAGCAGAAGUAGAAGAUGCUAUUCUUGAUGGUAGCCAGAUAGAACGCAUUAACAGAUUCCUCACUCCUGGAGGUCUUCGUCAUCUGAUGUUCUACUAUCAAGAUGUGGAGGUAAUGGAUACAGAGUACUUUGGUCUUCCAGGAAUAGGAACAAACUCUCAUUUGACUAAGAAGAAGAAACUUAAAAUAUUUGUGACAGAGGGAAAAGAAAUUGCUUUAACUGGUGUAUGCAUUUUCUUCAUUAGAUCUAAUUUUUCUAAACCCAUCACAACUGAGAAUAUCUAUCAAGAAGUAAAUUUUCAUAUGAUGGAUAUAGGUCGAGAUGGCUUAUUAAAAAGUGUUGAGCAGUUGAUAUCAGAAAUAUUCAUCCCAGCCUUACAGACUAUGGACCAUAGCUGGGUUGAACCUCAACAAGUUCCCAGUAUUAAGCAGGACUUCCUUCGUGCCCUUGAAGCAUUUGUUAGUCUCCUGUCAGGAACUCAGCAAAGUCUGUUGGAAAAGGUCAGCCUGAAGAAAUGUGAAACAUAUGACCUGAAAACUCUAAGAGGACCUUCUGAUUACUUGAUGGUUGCUAACAGCAUAGAGGCUCUUGAAAAAAUAGAAGUUUGCAUGAAAGAAUGGACCAAACAAAUUGAACAGGUUCUUGCAGAAAAUGACCAGUUGAGAAAAGAAGCGGAUGACCUUGGACCACGAGUAGAGCUUGAUUAUUGGAAAAAGAAAUUGUCAAAAUUCAACUACCUUAUGGAGCAGCUGAAGAGCCCAGAUGUGAAGGCAGUGCUUGGAGUACUCACUGCUGCUAAAUCCAAACUGCUGAAGAAGUGGCGAGCAUUGGAUAUUCGCAUCACAGAUGCAGCAAAUGAAGCUAAAGAUAAUGUGAAGUAUCUGUAUUCUCUGGAAAAAUACUAUGACCCAUUAUACAACGGCGAUCCUGUGUCCAUGCUGGAUUCUAUUCCAGGGCUCAUAAAUGCAAUUAAAAUGAUUCAGAGUAUCUCUCAAUAUUACUACACUUCUGAAAAGAUCUCCUCACUGUUUGUGAAGGUUACCAAUCAGAUGAUCACAGCAUGUAAAUCUUAUAUUGCAAACAAUGACACAACCACCAUCUGGAAUCAACCGCAGGAGAGAGUUGUGGAAAAACUACAAGCAGCUAUUAGACUUAAACAGGAGUAUCAAAGUUAUUUCCACAAGAUAAAAGAGAAUUUGGAACAAAAUCCAGCUGGAAGACAAUUUGAUUUUAGUGAGAUGUAUAUAUUUGGAAAAUUUGAAGCUUUUCAUCGUCGUCUGGUAAAGAUAAUAGAUGUUUUCAAUACUAUGAGAACCUACUCAGUUCUACAGGAAUCUAAGAUAGAGGGAUUGGAAGAAAUGAUCACAAAAUAUCAGAGCAUUGUUGACAACAUGAAGAAUAAGCAUUAUGAUUUCUUGGAUCAGCGGAAGACUGAUUUUGACCAAGACUAUGAAGAGUUUUACAAAGACAUAAAUGAUCUUCAUGAUCAAUUAAGAAGUUUCAUGGACAUCACCUUUGAAAGUAUUUUGAACACUGAAAGGGCACUGAGUAUGUUGCAGAAAUUUGAAAGAUUGCAAAUCCCAAAUCUUGGCAUUGAUGAGAAGUAUCAGAAAAUAUUUCAAAACUAUGGCCAUGACAUAGAAACAGUCUGUAAGAUCUACACUAGGCACAAGAAGGACCCACCACUGGCUCGUAAUCUGCCUCCAGUAGCUGGCAAGAUCUUGUGGGCACGCCACCUAUUCCAUAGGAUCAAGGAGCCCAUGGAGACUUUCCAGAGACAUCCAGCAGUUCUGCGAACACCAGAUGGCAAGAGCAUAAUUCGCAAUUACAACAAAGUAGCAAAAGUUCUUAUGAAAUUUGAAGUGAUCUACCACAGAGAAUGGCUUCAGCAGAUUGAAUUAACUAAAAGAGGACUUCAAGCAACUCUCUUGGUAAAAACUCCAGAAACAGGAGAAUUAUUUGUGAAUUUUGACCCUCUAAUAUUAACUUUAAUCAGAGAGACAGAUUGCAUGGCUCACAUGUGCCUUGAAAUUCCACCAUUUGCAAGUGUUAUUCAGCAGCAGAGAGUCUGGUACAAGAAGAUUGUCAACAAUUUGCACGUGAUGUUGGCAGAAUACAAAAGAAUUAAACUGAAAAUACAACACCCUUUUGAACAACUAAUGUCUCCUCGAUUAGUAAAUGUAGAGGAUGCUAUCCUGCCAGGUCUAACAUUACUGAACUGGACAUCCUCAAAUAUUGAGAAAUAUAUUAAUACAGUCUUUUCUAAGCUAGCUGGGCUGGAGUUAUUGCUUGAUCGAGUGAAUGAUUUGGUUGAAUUUCGUAUUGAUGCUGUCCUUCAAGACAUGAAUAGAGUGCCACUCUGUAUGUUGCCAGAAGGUGAACCACAGAGCUGUGAGGAAUUUCUUCAAAAGACUAAUGAACUCUGUAUAAAAGCUUCUCAGACUUUACACUUAAAAAGCUCACUGGUGGAAGCCUCUGCUAAUGAUCUGAUUAACAUGUUACUUGACACUGAGGAACAGGUCAGUAAAGAAGAUGAGAGGUCAAUUGAACCCAGUGGUGAAAAAAGGGACAAUAGCACAGCUACAGGAGAGGAAAGAAGAUCAAAAAGCUUGACUUCCUCACAGAAUUCCAGUGAGAUGUGGGCUGGCUUCUCUCCUACAGCAAAGAGGAAGAGAAUAGAUUUAGAAAAAUUAGAGGAAGAUGCCAAUGAACUGCUUUCUUACUUCAAUAAUCGUAAUAUUGAUGCCCUUUUGAAAGUCAUACGAAACACUCUGGAGACCAUCCGGAAGCGCAUUCAUGCAUCAUCUACCAUCAAUUUCUUAGAAAAUCACAUUAUGUCUAAGCAGAAAAAAGGUGCUCAUCCUAUAAUUAGGACUAAUAUUACCCUAUCUAUCCCUAAUAUCAUCAUGACACCCUCUUUGGAUGAGGUACAGCAGACACUUAAUAAAGCUGUAGAUAGUAUUGUGAAAGUAAUGAAAGGAGUUCGACAGUGGAGUAAGGAGAGAAUAUCCAAGAAGGAAGUGUUAGAGACAAAAGUUGUUCUCUUGCGGUGUGGGAGCAGAGACAGUGAUUCUGAUGAUGGGAUGAAAGAGACUGGAAAGAAAAACAUCCAUGAUAAUGUAUCAGAUGCAGCAUCACUCAGUUCAUCUGACCCAGUGCAAAGCCACAACUACUUCAAGAAUGUUUCAGAGAACAAAGAAAUUAUUAAAUUAGUAUCUUUACUCAGCAGUGCCAUCAAUUCUACAAAAAGGGAAGUUCUUACAGCUUUGGAGAGUUUUAGUUGUUACCACCAUAUAUGGCAGAGGGACACGGAGGAAACCAUUGAUAAAUUAAUGGUGGGGAGCCCAUCACUCUCUGAAUUUGAAUCUGAAAUUCUGCAUUUCCAAGACCUGGACCUGAAAAUAAAUUCUGAGCCUGAAUACAUCUGCGUGGGAGCUAUUGCGCUGUACACUGCUGAUCUGAAGCUAGCACUGAGAUCAGAAACCAAAGCCUGGAUGACUUUGCUGGGGUGUCAUUGCAAUAAGAAGUACAGAACACAGAUGGAAGCAAUUUUGACUUUUAUAGAGGAAACUGGCAAGAAGUUAAAUCACAGCAUCACGGACCUGGAUGAUAUCAGAAUAGCCAUGUCAGCUUUAAAAGAGAUCAGAGAACUACAGAUUUCUAUUGACUUUCAAAUUGGCCCCAUUGAGGAAUCCUAUGCUAUGUUGAACAAGUAUGAUCUACUUGUUGCCAAGGAAGAGACAGAGAAGGUGGACACGUUGCGCUACACUUGGGAAAAACUGCUAAUCCGUGCAAAUGAAGUGCAGAAUGAGCUCGUUGCUUUGCAGCCAAACUUCAGAGGAGAGCUUAUUAGUGCUGUGAAGACUUUUACUGAAGACUGUGCACAGUUCUAUUCAGAUUAUGAUCAGAAUGGGCCAAUGGUGGUUGGUUUAACACCUCAGGAAGCCAGUGACAGGCUUACUAUAUUCCAGAAUCGAUAUGAUAACCUCUUUCAGAAAUAUAUUACUUGUACAGAUGGAGAAGAUCUUUUCGGUUUGCCAGUUACUUGGUGUCCUCAACUUCUUGAAAUAAAUAAGCAACUAAAUCUGUUGCAGAAACUCUAUAAUCUAUAUAACAGUGUCAUUGACACAAUCAAUGGUUACUAUGAUAUUCUUUGGUCAGAAUUAGACAUUGAAAAAAUUAACGGUGAACUUAUGGAAUUUCAGAACAGGUGCCAUAAGCUCCCUCGUGCUGUAAAGGAAUGGCAGCCUUUUCUUGACCUAAAGAAGACCAUAGAGGACUUCAGUGAAUGUUGCCCAUUGCUUGAGCACAUGUCAAGUAAAGCAAUGAUGCCUCGGCACUGGAAGCAGAUUAUGGGUCUCACUGAACACAGAUUUGACAUGGAGAGUGAAACAUUUAAACUGAGGAAUUUAAUGGAAGUUCCACUAUUAAGAUAUAAAGAGGAAAUAGAGGAUAUCUGCAUAAGUGCUGUGAAGGAGAGAGACAUUGAGCAGAAGUUAAAACAAGUGAUAGCUGAAUGGGAUAACAAGAUGUUUAUCUUUGCAAAUUUUAAAACUCGUGGGGAACUUCUUUUAAGAGGUGACAGCACAUCAGAAACAAUUGCUACCUUGGAGGACAGCCUGAUGACUCUUGGUUCUCUCAUGAGUAACAGAUACAACACACCAUUCAAGACACAGAUUCAGAAAUGGGUGCACUAUCUUUCCAACACAACAGAUAUCAUUGAGGACUGGCUGACUGUGCAGAACUUGUGGAUUUAUUUAGAAGCUGUUUUUAUUGGUGGUGAUAUAGCAAGGCAGCUUCCAAAGGAAGCAAAGCGUUUCUCUAACAUUGAUAAAUCCUGGGUAAGGAUCAUGACCCGAGCUCACGAAACACCCAAUGUUAUUCAGUGUUGUGUUGGAGACGAAAUAAUGGGACAGUUAUUGCCACAUUUACUGGAACAGCUUGAAAUCUGUCAGAAAUCGCUCACAGGGUAUCUGGAAAAAAAGCGCCUUCUAUUUCCACGAUUCUUCUUCGUGUCAGAUCCUGCUCUCUUAGAAAUUCUUGGCCAGGCAUCCAACUCUCACAGUAUACAGGCACAUCUGCUGAAUGUGUUUGACAACAUUAAAACUGUCAGGUUCCAUGAAAAGAUAUAUGAUCGUAUAUUGUCAAUUAGUUCACGAGAGGGUGAGACUGUAGAGCUGACUAGGCCUGUAAUGGCUGAAGGAAAUGUGGAAGUUUGGCUCAGCUCUCUGUUGAAGGAAGCCCAGCUAUCACUACAUCAAGUUAUUCGCCAAGCAGCUAUGGACAUCCAGGAAAUGAGUUUCCAGAUUACUGAAUUUCUUUCUACUUAUCCAGCCCAGGUCGGGUUAUUGGGGAUCCAAAUGAUUUGGACAAGAGAUUCAGAAGCAGCUUUGACUCUUGCCAAGCAGGAUAAAAAAGUUAUGCGCAAGACGAAUCAGUUUUUCUUGGAUCUUCUGAACAUGUUGAUAGAUAUGACAACAAAAGAUCUUAGUCCAGUUGAGCGGGUUAAAUAUGAGACAUUAAUCACUAUUCAUGUCCAUCAGAGGGACAUUUUUGAUGGUCUUUGCUGCAUGCAUAUCAAGAGCCCUACAGACUUUGAGUGGCUGAAACAAUGUAGAUUUUAUUUUAAUGAAGACUCUGAUAAAAUGGUGAUUAAGAUGACUGACGUGAGCUUCACAUACCAGAAUGAAUUCUUGGGCUGUACUGACAGGCUUGUCAUAACACCUCUUACAGACAGAUGUUAUAUCACUUUGGCUCAAGCUUUGGGCAUGAACAUGGGUGGAGCACCUGUGGGACCUGCAGGAACCGGAAAAACUGAAACUGUGAAAGAUAUGGGACGAUGCCUUGGAAAAUAUGUAGUGGUAUUCAACUGUUCAGAUCAGAUGGAUUUCCGAGGACUUGGGAGGAUCUUCAAAGGUCUUGCUCAGUCUGGCUCCUGGGGUUGCUUUGAUGAAUUCAAUCGUAUUGAUUUACCAGUGCUAUCAGUUGCUGCACAGCAAAUAGCAAUUGUGUUGACAUGUAAGAAGAAACGUAAAAAGAGAUUUAUUUUUACUGAUGGAGACAAUGUAGAAAUGAACCCAGAAUUUGGCAUCUUUCUUACUAUGAAUCCAGGAUAUGCUGGACGGCAAGAACUUCCUGAAAACUUGAAGAUCAAUUUUCGUUCAGUGGCUAUGAUGGUUCCUGAUCGUCAAAUCAUAAUUCGUGUUAAAUUGGCUAGCUGUGGUUUCAUUGCUAAUGUUGUGUUGGCAAGGAAAUUCUUUACACUGUACAAGCUGUGUGAAGAACAACUGUCAAAGCAGGUGCAUUACGAUUUUGGCUUGCGGAAUAUAUUGUCUGUGUUGCGUACACUUGGAGCAGCAAAAAGAGCAAAUCCCACAGAUACUGAAUCUACCAUUGUCAUGCGUGUGCUGAGAGAUAUGAACCUGUCUAAGCUAAUUGAUGAAGAUGAACCCUUAUUCCUGAGUCUAAUUGAAGAUCUGUUUCCAGAUAUCCAGCUUGAUAAAGCAGGCUAUCCUGAACUUGAAGCAGCCAUUGACAAACAGGUGGAGGAAUCUGGCCUUGUUUGUCAUCCUCCUUGGAAACUGAAAGUUAUCCAGCUUUUUGAAACCCAGAGAGUAAGGCAUGGAUUGAUGACACUAGGACCUAGUGGUGCAGGAAAAACUACUUGCAUCCACACCUUAAUGAGAGCAAUGACAGAUUGUGGACAGCCACAUCGUGAAAUGAGAAUGAAUCCUAAAGCUAUAACUGCUCCACAAAUGUUUGGACGCCUUGAUGUGGCAACAAAUGAUUGGACAGAUGGAAUAUUUUCAACGCUCUGGAGAAAAACUUUAAGAGCGAAGAAAGGUGACCACAUCUGGAUAGUUCUUGAUGGUCCAGUUGAUGCUAUUUGGAUUGAGAACCUUAAUUCUGUCCUGGAUGACAACAGAACUCUAACACUAGCAAACGGUGAUCGGAUACCUAUGGCACCAAAUUGCAAAAUAGUAUUUGAGCCUCAUAAUAUUGAUAAUGCUUCUCCAGCAACAGUUUCAAGAAAUGGGAUGGUAUUCAUGAGCUCAUCAGUUCUCACCUGGAGUCCCAUCCUUGAGGGAUUUUUGAAAAAAUGUUCCUUCCAAGAGGCUGAAAUUCUACAUCAGCUGUAUUCUUCAUCAUUUCCAGACUUGUACCGCUUCAGCAUUCAGUCUCUGCAUUGCAAGACUGAGAUGCUGGAAGCCUUUGUGAUUAUGCAGAGCAUUAAUAUGCUGCAGGGUCUUAUCCCACCUAAGGAGCAAGGUGGGGAGCUGACACCAAAAUACUUGGAAAGGCUGUACAUCUUCUCUCUCAUGUGGAGUGGGGGUACAUGGAUGCACUGGAAUACACACGUUGAAGAGUAUGUAUAUCCCAGUAGUGGUACACCAGAGUAUGGCUCAAUUCUUGUGCCUAAUGUUGACAAUGUGAGAAUGGAUUUCCUUAUUGAAACCAUAGCAAAACAGGGCAAGGCUGUCCUACUAAUUGGUGAGCAAGGAACUGCAAAGACUGUUAUAAUCAAAGGUUUUAUGUCAAAAUAUAACCCUGAAAGGCACAUGACUAAGAGUUUGAAUUUUUCAUCUGCAACGACCCCAUUAAUUUUUCAGCGUACAAUAGAAAGUUAUGUGGAUAAGCACAUGGGCACGACUUAUGGUCCUCCUGCAGGCAAAAAGAUGACAAUCUUCAUUGAUGAUGUGAACAUGCCCAUAAUCAAUGAAUGGGGAGAUCAGGUCACUAAUGAGAUAGUUAGGCAACUGAUGGAACAGAAAGGACUGUAUAACCUGGAAAAACCUGGUGAAUUUACCAACAUUGUGGACAUUCAGUUUUUGGCUGCCAUGAUCCACCCUGGGGGAGGUCGCAAUGAUAUUCCACAGAGGCUGAAGAGACAAUUUUCAGUGUUCAACUGUACUCUGCCUUCUAAUUCUUCCAUUGACAAAAUUUUUGGUGUAAUUGGAGAAGGGCACUACUGUAGUGAGCGGGGAUUUUCAGAUGAUGUGAAGAAAACAGUAGCCAAAUUGGUUCCAUUGACACGCAGACUGUGGCAGAUUACCAAGCUAAAAAUGUUGCCCACACCAGCCAAGUUUCAUUAUGUGUUCAACCUUCGAGACCUCUCGAGGAUUUGGCAAGGAAUGCUGAACACUACAUCGGAAGUGAUCAACGAACCACAGGUGCUGAUAAAACUGUGGAAGCAUGAAUGUAAGUGUGUUAUUGCUGAUCGUUUCACAACCUCAGAGGAUGUUAAUUGGUUUCACACAGCCCUGGCAAAACUCAUUGAGGAGGAAUUUGAAGAUCCAAAAGCUUGGCUGAGUCAUGAAACAGAUGCACUCUUUGUUGACUUCUUAAGGGAUGCACCUGCAAUAAUUGAUGAAAAGCCAGAGGAAGUUAAUUUAGAUAUUCCCAAAAUCUAUGAACCAAUCUCCUCAUUUCAUCAGCUACGGAAUCGUUUAAAUAAGUUUUUACAAACAUACAAUGAGAAUGUUCGUGGUACUGGAAUGGACAUGGUUUUCUUUGAGGAUGCUAUGGUUCAUUUAGUCAAGAUUUCUCGUGUGAUUCGCACUCCUCGUGGAAAUGCUCUUUUAGUUGGAGUUGGUGGCUCAGGAAAACAGAGCUUGACAAGAUUGGCGUCCUUCAUAGCGGGCUAUGAAACAUUCCAGAUAAUGUUGACUAGAUCAUACAACACUUUAGACUUGAUGGAAGAUCUGAAACUCUUAUACAGAACAGCAGGACUUCAAGGCAAAGGCACCUGUUUUCUUUUUACAGACAAUGAGAUCAAAGAUGAGUCUUUCUUGGAAUACUUGAACAAUGUUUUGUCAUCAGGAGAGGUGUCAAACUUAUUUACACGUGAUGAAGUAGAUGAGAUCAUUAGUGAUCUCAUUCCCUCCUGCAAAAAGGAACAUCCACGAAGACCUCCAACCAGUGAAGCUCUGUAUGAUUAUUUCAUGACCAGAGUCCGUCAGAACCUUCACGUAGUUCUUUGCUUUUCACCGGUAGGUGAAAAACUCAGAAAUAGGGCCCUGAAGUUCCCUGCUCUCAUUUCUGGAUGCACUAUAGAUUGGUUCAGCCAAUGGCCUAAGGAUGCUCUGGUAGCAGUAUCUGAACACUUUCUGUCCUCAUUUGAUAUGGACUGCACUGCUGAUAUCAAGAGGGAAAUUGUGCAGUGUAUGGGCUCAUUCCAGGAUGGAGUUGCAGAAAAGUGUUCUGAUUACUUUCAAAGAUACAGACGUUCUACACAUGUGACUCCCAAAUCCUACCUGACCUUUAUUCAGGGAUACAAAACCACAUACAAAGAAAAGCAUGCUGAAGUGCGAACGUUAUCAAACAGAAUAAAUACUGGUCUGGAAAAAUUGAAAGAGGCCUCUGAGUCAGUGGCUGCUCUAAGCAGAGAACUGGAGGUAAAAGAAAAGGAACUUCAAAUUGCCAAUGAAAAAGCUGACAUGGUAUUGAAAGAAGUUACUGUAAAAGCACAGGCUGCUGAGAAUGUGAAGGGUGAUGUUCAGAAAGUGAAAGACAAAGCGCAAGCAAUUGUAGACAGUAUCACGGUUGACAAAGCCAUUGCUGAAGAGAAGUUGGAAGCUGCCAAGCCUGCUUUGGAAGAGGCAGAAGCAGCCUUACAGACAAUAAAACCUGCAGAUAUUGCCACUGUCCGCACACUGGGUCGACCUCCUCACCUCAUCAUGCGAAUCAUGGACUGUGUGUUGCUGCUCUUCCAGCGUAAAGUCAACCAUGUGAAAAUUGAUCAGGAAAAAUGCUGUACUGUCCCAUCAUGGCAAGAAUCUCUGAAGCUGAUGACAACAGGGAACUUCUUACAGAGCCUGCAGCAUUUUCAGAAAGACACAAUUAAUGAAGAAGUGGUAGAACUGUUGAGCCCUUAUUUUGAAAUGGUGGACUACAACAUAGAGACGGCUAAGAGAGUAUGUGGGAAUGUUGCUGGCCUUUGCUCAUGGACCAAAGCUAUGGUGGUUUUUUUUUCCAUCAACAAAGAAGUAUUACCUUUAAAGGCUAAUUUAGCAAUUCAGGAGAAACGCCUAACCAACGCUAUGCUAGAUCUGCAGAAAGCUCAAGAAGAACUGGGAGCCAAGCAAGAAGAAUUAGAUAUUGUGCAAGCAGAGUAUGAAAAUGCAAUGAGAGAAAAACAGACUUUGCUGGAAGAUGCUGAGCGUUGCCGACAUAAAAUGCAAACUGCCUCAAGUCUUAUAAGUGGUUUAGCAGGUGAAAAAGAGAGGUGGACAGAACAGAGUAAAGAAUUUGCCAUGCAAACCAAGAGGUUAGUUGGUGAUGUACUCUUGGCUACAGCUUUUCUGUCCUACUCUGGUCCUUUUAACCAAGAGUUCCGCAGUCUGCUGUUAAAUGACUGGCAAAAGGAAAUGAAAAGCCGUAAAAUUCCUUUCCGUAACAACUUGAAUCUCAUUGAAAUGUUGACUGAUGCUCCAACUAUCAGUGAAUGGAACCUGCAAGGAUUGCCAAAUGAUGACUUAUCCAUACAGAAUGCGAUCAUUGUCACUAAAGCAUCUCGUUAUCCUUUAUUAAUUGAUCCACAAGCACAGGGUAAAAUUUGGAUUAAAAAUAAGGAAGGCAGAAAUGACCUUCAGAUCACUUCUUUGAAUCACAAGUAUUUUAGAAACCACUUAGAGGACAGUCUUUCUUUGGGAAGACCUCUUUUAGUAGAAGAUGUUGGAGAAGAGCUUGACCCAGCACUUGAUAAUGUUUUGGAAAGAAACAUCAUUAAAACAGGUUCAGCCAAUAAGGUGAAAGUUGGUGAUAAGGAAGUAGAUGUUAUGAAUGGCUUCAGACUUUACAUUACUACAAAACUGUCAAAUCCGUGUUACUCUCCUGAAAUUAGUGCUCAAACCUCCAUCAUUGAUUUUACAGUAACCUUGAAAGGUCUUGAAAAUCAGCUCUUAGGCAGAGUCAUUCUCACAGAGAAACAGGAAUUAGAGAAAGAAAGAACUGAUCUUAUUGAAGAUGUGACUAUGAACAAAAGGAGGAUUAAAGACCUAGAAGAUAACCUUUUAUUUCGACUUACAAGCACUAAGAGUUCUCUGGCAGAUGAUGAGACUCUACUAAUUGUAUUGAGUAACACUAAGAAGACUGCUGAGGAAGUAACACAGAAACUACAAACUUCUGCUGAAACUGAAGUGCAGAUCAAUACAGCCCGUGAAGAGUACAGACCUGUUGCAACUCGAGGUAGCAUCUUGUACUUCCUUCUCACUGAGAUGAGCAUGGUCAAUGUCAUGUAUCAGACAUCGCUUUGGCAGUUUUUGGGGCUUUUUGACCGCUCUCUAGCCAGGUCUACCAAGAGCCCUAUAACCAGCAAGAGGGUUACCAAUAUCAUUGAACAUAUGACAUAUGAAAUAUUCAAAUAUACUGCCCGAGGGCUCUAUGAGGAGCACAAAUUUCUUUUCACAUUACUGCUUACUUUGAAGAUUGAUAUACAAAGAAACAGAGUGAAGCAUGAAGAAUUUCUGACACUUAUUAAAGGUGGUGCUUCCCUAGACCUUAAAGCUUGUCCUCCUAAGCCAGCUAAAUGGAUUCUGGAUAUGACUUGGUUGAACUUGGUGGAGCUCAGUAAGCUUAAACAGUUUUCAGAUAUUCUUGAUCAAAUUUCCAGAGAAGAGAAGCAGUGGAAAAUCUGGUUUGAUAGUAAGAAUCCCGAAGAAGAAUUGGUUCCUAGUGGAUAUGGGCAAUCUCUGGACUGCUUCAGACAUCUUCUUCUUGUCAGAUCUUGGUGUCCUGACAGGACCAUAGCUCAGGCAAGAAAAUAUAUCUCUGACACUAUGGGGGAGAAAUAUGCAGAGGGAGUCAUCUUGGACUUGGAGAAAACAUGGGAAGAGUCAGAUCCACGUACUCCCCUCAUAUGCUUUCUUUCCAUGGGCUCUGAUCCUACGGACUCAAUUAUUGCUUUGGGAAAAAGACUGAAGACAGAAACGUGUUGUGUCUCCAUGGGCCAGGGGCAAGGAAUCCAUGCUCGUCAACUUCUACAGCAGACAAUGGCUCAUGGAGGUUGGGCACUUCUGCAAAAUUGCCACCUUGGACUUGACUUUCUGGAUGAGUUAAUGGACACUGUAAUAGAGACAGAGACUGUUCAUGAAAGCUUUCGACUGUGGAUGACAACUGACAUUCACAAGCAGUUCCCAAUCGCCCUUCUUCAAAUGUCAAUUAAGUUUACCAAUGAACCACCACAAGGACUCAGAGCUGGACUAAAGAGAACAUACAGUGGUGUCAGCCAGGAUUUAUUAGAUGCCAGUAAAAUGGUGCAAUGGAAACCACUGCUGUAUGCUGUAGCCUUCCUGCACUCCACUGUUCAAGAAAGGCGCAAGUUUGGGUCUCUGGGUUGGAAUAUACCCUAUGAGUUUAAUCAAGCUGAUUUCAAUGCUACUGUGCAGUUCGUUCAAAACCACUUGAAUCGCAUGGAUACCAAGAAGGGGAUCUCCUGGAGUACUGUUUGUUACAUGAUAGGUGAGAUCCAGUAUGGUGGUCGUGUGACAGAUGACUUUGACAAAAGGCUCAUGAACACCUUUGUAAAGGUUUGGUUCAGUGAAAAUACAUUCAGUCCGGAAUUUAGCUUCUACAAAGGAUACAGCAUACCCAAAUGUACUAUAGUGGAUCAAUACCUUCAGUAUAUACAGAGCCUUCCUGCUUAUGACACACCAGAGGUGUUUGGUUUGCACCCCAACGCGGAUAUCACCUACCAAAGUAAAGUUUCCAAAGAUGUAUUGGACACCAUCCUCAGUAUUCAGCCUAAAGAUAGCUCUGGUGGAGGAGGUGAAACUCGAGAGGAAGUUGUAGCCAGACUGGCUGCUGAUAUGCUGGAGAAAAUUCCUGCUGAUUAUGUACCAUUUGAAGUAAAAGAAAAACUAAAGAACAUGGGGCCUUUUCAGCCUAUGCACAUAUUUUUGCGACAGGAGAUUGAACAAAUGCAGAGAGUUAUUUCUUUAGUGAGAAGCACUCUGACUGAUCUAAAACUUGCCAUUGAUGGGACAAUAGUUAUGAGUGAGAAUCUGAGGGAUGCUUUAGACUGCAUGUAUGAUGGAAGGAUUCCUGCCAGCUGGAAAAAGGCAUCUUGGCCUUCCAGUACACUUGGUUUCUGGUUUACUGAGUUUCUAGAAAGAAAUCACCAGAUUUAUAAAUGGAUUUUUGAAAGUCAACCAAACUGCUUCUGGAUGACAGGGUUUUUUAAUCCUCAAGGAUUUUUAACUGCAGUGAGACAGGAAAUAACAAGAGCUAACAAAGGAUGGGCUCUUGACAGUGUGGUGCUGUGCAAUGAAGUCACUAAAUGGAUGAAGGAUGAUAUCACAAGCCCUCCUUCCGAAGGUGUCUACGUGUAUGGGCUGUAUUUGGAAGGAGCUGGUUGGGACAGAAGAAACGUGAGACUGACAGAAUCUAAGCCCAAGGUGCUCUUCGAGCUGAUGCCAGUUAUAAGGAUAUAUGCAGAGAAUAACACUGCAAAAGAUCCACGUCUGUAUUCAUGUCCGGUCUACAAAAAGAGCAGUCGAACAGAUCUGAAUUACAUUGUUGCUAUGGAUCUUAAAACCCGUCAGCCUCCAGAGCACUGGGUACUCCGUGGAGUAGCACUUCUGUGUGAUGUCAAGUAAUGUUUAAAAAGAAAUCAGACUGUUUCCAGGAGUACUUUUCUGAUUUUAAAUGUAAACAUUAGUAUGUAGUUAGAUACACAGUGGAACACUCCUAAAAAUAUUAUUUCUAAAUCAUAGACUUCAUUAUGGUAUUUUUAUAAAAUUGUUCUCAAUAAACCUCUACAAUAGGCUUAUAAAUGCUACAUCUUAUAGUGAAAUUAACUUUGGUGUCUUUGAAAAAUCAUGACAAAUAUUUAGUGUUUCUAUCACUUAUAUGUGCAUAAGCACUCCUCCUGUGUGCUUAAUUUUACCUUGAAUAAAGAGUAAUUGAUUUAAA